AGUGCGGUUCUUACGCUGCUCCUUCAGAGAGAAGGCUGGCUAACCGAAAUAGCCUUUUGGCGCUCACCAUCGUCCCAGUUCCGUCUGAGAAAGAGAGAAAGAGAGAGAGAGAGAGAGAGAAAGAGAGGAUGGAGUUCUUGGGAGAUCUUCUUCUCAGCGUGGUGGUCUCGAUCGCGGUAGCUCUUCUCAUCGUGGUCAUCUUCGCCAUCGGUGACCUUGAGCACCGAGCUGACGAUAAGCGAGCUGCCGUCGUUGAUGAUCUCGGCGUUGAUGAGAAGUUGAAGCGAUGUGGAAGUGAAUCUGAAGGAGAAGAUGAGAUUGUUGGUGAAAUUGCUGUUGAUCUGUUUAGUUCUUGUGUUGGAGAUGCUGAGGUUCAUGAAUUCAAUCCGGAGAUGGAAAUUAAGGGUUUGAAUUGUGCAAGAGCUAGUGAAGUUGAUUUAGAGGAGAAGAGUUUCGAAGUAGUUGAAGGAGGUCAGAUGAAGUUGGAGGAGGAGGAAGAGGGGGAGAAGAAGAAGGGGUUGAUGAUCGGUGUGGAGGAUGAUUGGGAAGGGAUAGAGAGGAGCGAGGUGGUGAAGCGCUUCGGCGUGGCGUGUAAGUAUUCUGGGAGCGCGGAUGGUGGUAUGACAUUGUCAAAGCUCGGCGGUGAUGUGCGGUUGCGGUUGUAUGGGCUUCGGAAAGUUGCCAUUGAGGGGCCGUGCUAUCAGCCUCAGCCAAUGGCUUUGAAGAUGUCUGCUCGUGCGAAAUGGCAAGCUUGGCAAAAGCUGGGAAAUAUGAACCCGGAAGUUGCUAUGGAACAAUAUAUUAAUCUUCUUUCUGAAAGUAUUCCUGGAUGGAUGGAGCAAUUAACUAGAGGGACUGCCAACAAACAAGAUAGCAGUGAUUCUUCUGGGUGGCAAUCCAUAACAGAGAAGCUUGAUGUUGCCUCACCUUUGCAUGGUAAACUGACUUCUGGAACUGACAGGAGUCCAGAGGAUUGCAUAAGAGAAUAUGAAGCAACUGUGGGUACAGAAUACUUUGGGCAUGGAAUGAAUGGUGUCUUGUCUUUCAUCAUCCAGGACUUCCAAAGACAGUUCUAUUCAACCUUCUCUCCCCAAGCCCAGUAAGAUUCUUGAAUUUGUUAUGGUAAAGUAGCUGAUACCACUUCUUGGACCAGAAAUUAACAUUGCCUUUGCAACUGAUAGAGAAGAUGUGGUUUUGGUAUGUAUUCGUUCAUAAAAUAAUGAUGCCUAGAGGCAGCUAAGUAUGUCGGGUCACUGUAUGUAAGAUUAUAUAUAUUAUGUAAGUUCUCAUUAGUACACAACCUAUAUAUACAGGUUGCAUGUGUAUGAUUGGAGUAUUCUUAUUUUGUGGAUAGCCCUAUCAUGUCUCAAUAGAAUGCAAGUACUUGUGUGUGGUUUACAUAUACUUGAAUUUAUGAAGAUGCGAUUGCGUAUUUUCAUUGUA